AUGACGGGGUCGAGGAUGGGGUCCUUCAAGAGGGCCUCGGGCAUGGAGGAUGAUGACCAAGACUCGAACCUCUUCUUCGACCGGGUCUACUGCGCCAACCCGCAGGAAAAGAGGCUCUUCCCGUCGGCCCACCUGGUCCGGGUUCUCGCCGUCGCUAACGCUGGCCUGGGCGUUCUUUACCUGCACUGGCGGUACACGAGCACCUUCCCGCCCACGGUCGGCCGUUGGGAUUACAUGUCUUGGAAGCUGUACUGGUGGUGGCUGUUCUUCUCGGCAGAGUUUUUCCUGGCCAUCGCCGUGUGGGUCGGCCUGGCUCAACGUCUCUUCCCGGUGCAGCGGAUCAAGGUCACCAUGGACGACAUCACGUCCGUCGACGAUCAAGUCGGCUACAACGCACGGGAGUGGCACCUUGCGAACAGCGCUCUUCCGCUCGCAUUCAUAUUUACGGGGGAAGACUCCCGGCAGGCGUCAUCGCCAUCCUGA